AUGGCUGCCGCAACUGCUACCCGCACCUUUUCCAAAGCUGUCGCACGCGGCACAGCUUCAGCCACCUCGUCCCUCCGUCUCGCUGCUCGCUCCUCACGAUCCAGUGCCGCUGCGAAACAGUUCUUCCAGCAAUCAUCCCGCCGCCAAUAUUCCUCCCAGUCGGCUCCCAGAUCCUCAAACACUACCACCGCCGCCUACGGCAGCGCAGCAGCCGUCGCCGCUCUCGCAGGAGGCUACUAUUACUUCACCACCCAGGGUACGGCAGGAGACGGAAGGAAAAUUCUUCUCGAAAGUCCUGAGGCUCUGAAAAAGGGCAGCGCAGGACAAUCCGCUGGGGUUUUCAAACCCACCGUUGAAGAUUACCAGAAAGUGUACAACGCCAUUGCAAAGCAGCUCUGGGAGAUGGAUGAUUAUGACGAUGGCAGCUAUGCUCCCGUGCUAUUGCGUCUGGCGUGGCAUGCGUCCGGGACUUAUGAUGCUGCUACAGGCACUGGAGGAAGCAACGGCGCAACCAUGCGAUUUGCCCCCGAGUCCGAGCACGGUGCCAACGCCGGCCUGAAGAGUGCCCGCGACUUCCUGGAGCCCAUCAAGGCCCAGUUCCCCUGGAUCUCAUACUCCGACCUGUGGACCCUUGGUGGUGUCUGUGCUGUCCAAGAGAUGUCUGGACCCAUCAUCCCCUGGAGACCCGGCCGACAGGAUAGGGACGUCGCAUUCUGCACACCGGACGGCCGCCUGCCCGACGCCUCCAAGGGCCCAGAUCACAUCCGAGCCAUCUUUGGCCGUAUGGGUUUCAAUGAUCAAGAGAUGGUGGCCUUGUCCGGUGCUCACGCCGUUGGCCGAUGCCACGCCAACCGCUCAGGAUUCGAUGGACCCUGGACCUUCUCCCCGACCAUGUUCACAAACGAUUUCUUCCGCCUGCUCAUGGAGGAGAAGUGGGGCUGGCGAUCCUGGAAGGGACCCAAGCAAUACGAAGAUGCCACGACCAAGAGCCUGAUGAUGUUGCCUACCGACAUUGCCUUGAUUCAGGACCCCAUCUUCAAGACGUGGGUGGAGAAGUAUGCCAAGGACCAGGAUUUGUUUUUCAAGGACUUUUCGGAUGUCCUGUGCAAGAUGUUCGAAUUGGGCGUCCCCUUCAAGUCGAAGCCCGAAGACCGGUUUCACUUCAAGCCGACCAUUGAUGAGGCUUGA